GGGAACAGUUUGCUUCAAAACUUGAAAGAGAGAGAAAGCAGAAACUUGAAAGUGGGAAGCAUUGGGCCAAGGGGGGUUUGAACGGUCAAAAAGAAAGGCCUACUUGCUGUUGAAAAGCAAGAAAGAAUAAAGAAAAUCAAUAAUACAUAGAUCUCUGGGCUCAUCUGUUUACUGUGAAUUGUGACCUACACCUCCAACCAAUAAUAAAAAAAAAAAACACAGAGGAAGCUCUGAGCUGCAUCUCCUCGUCCUCAUUUUCCUUAAAAAAAUAAAAUCGAAAACGACACCAAUCUACGCCACUUCACAGUGAAAGAUCCAUUUUAAGAUCCGACUUCCAUGCCCGUUUUAUUCCUCUCAGGAUUCUGCGUCAGUUAACUUUUUUUUCCUUGGAUUUCUUGACCCGAUCGGUAAUUGAUUGAGUUGUUUUGCUGGUUUAAAGAGGUGAAUUUUCCACGUAGGAUCUGGGAGAUUCUCUUGUUUCUUUUACUUUAGUCCAAUGGCUUCUGUAAGUAUAGCGCCUACUUCAGGAUUAAGAGAACCUAGUGGAAAUACAGUCGGUGUUGAUAGAUUGCCUGAUGAAAUGAAUGAUAUGAAAAUCAGGGAUGACAAGGAGAUGGAAGCAACUGUAGUUGAUGGUAAUGGAACUGAGACUGGGCAUAUAAUCGUCACCACUGUUGGUGGUAAAAGCGGCCAGCCUAAGCAGACAAUAAGCUAUAUGGCUGAACGUGUUGUUGGGCAUGGAUCAUUUGGAGUAGUCUUCCAGGUUUUGUACCAAAUUAUCUGUGUGGUAUUUCAGGCUAAAUGUUUAGAGACAGGUGAAACUAUUGCUAUUAAGAAGGUUCUUCAAGACAAGAGAUACAAGAACCGUGAAUUGCAAACCAUGCGUCUUCUAGACCACCCCAAUGUUGUCUGUCUGAAGCAUUGUUUCUUUUCAACAACUGAAAAAGAUGAGCUCUAUCUUAACCUGGUGCUUGAGUAUGUUCCAGAGACUGUCCACCGGGUUAUCAAACAUUAUAAUAAGAUGAACCAAAGGAUGCCGCUGAUAUAUGUUAAACUCUAUGUUUACCAGAUUUGCAGAGCGCUUGCUUACAUUCAUAACAGUAUUGGUGUGUGCCACAGGGACAUAAAGCCUCAAAAUUUAUUGGUCAACCCGCACACCCACCAGCUAAAACUGUGUGACUUUGGAAGUGCAAAAGUUUUGGUAAAAGGGGAACCAAACAUAUCUUACAUAUGUUCUAGGUACUAUCGAGCACCUGAAUUGAUAUUUGGUGCAACCGAAUACACCACGGCCAUUGAUAUCUGGUCUGCUGGUUGUGUUUUGGCUGAACUAUUGCUUGGACAGCCUCUGUUUCCUGGUGAGAGUGGAGUAGACCAGCUUGUUGAAAUUAUUAAGGUUCUAGGUACCCCAACAAGAGAGGAAAUAAAGUGCAUGAAUCCUAACUACACAGAGUUCAAGUUUCCUCAAAUUAAAGCUCACCCAUGGCAUAAGAUAUUUCAAAAGCGUAUGCCUCCUGAAGCUGUGGAUCUUGUUUCACGACUAUUGCAGUAUUCUCCAAACCUUCGCAGCACAGCUAUUGAGGCUUUGAUUCAUCCAUUUUUUGACGAGCUACGUGAUCCAAACACCUGCCUACCUAAUGGACGUUUUCUUCCGCCAGUAUUCAACUUUAAGCCUCAUGAACUGAAGGGAGUGCCUGUGGAUAUGCUAGUAAAGCUGAUCCCCGAGCAUGCAAGAAAGCAAUGUGCGUUCCUUGGAUUAUGAGGCGGUUCUAUCUGCCUGAUGUCUGCUUCUUGCAGAAAUUGUGGUGUAUUGUAGAGAAGUAGCUAGUGGCCUGUUUCAGUUUAUAUCAUAUUGAAGCCGUUGUUAAUUGCUUUUUCACCCUCAAUGUCUAUUUGUUCUCUUUAUUAAUUUUUUUUACCAAUAUC